UAAAAGCUGCUCGCCGACAGCUUCUUGCUGCAAAUCUGACAAUAUGGCGACCUUUCGCUUGGUUUAUAAAAAUCCAAUUCAGCACGUGUAUAAAAGUGCCAAACUUUAAUUGUGAAAACAUGGAUGAUAACCGCCAGGAGCAACAAUCGCACGAUGGACCAGCCGGUAUGAAUCCCGAUGGGGUUAUUGAGUCCAACUGGAACGACUCGUACGACAAUUUCGACCAGAUGGGCCUGCGUGAGGAGCUCCUCCGCGGUAUUUAUGCAUACGGUUUCGAGAAACCGUCUGCCAUUCAGCAGCGCGCAAUUGUGCCGUGUCUGAAAAUGCGCGAUGUUAUUGCCCAGGCUCAAUCGGGUACUGGCAAAACGGCGACGUUUUCGAUCGCAAUUUUGCAGCUUAUCCAAACCGAGCUGCAGCAGUGCCAGGCGCUGAUUCUGGCUCCGACCCGCGAGUUGGCAUCGCAGAUCCAAAAGGUGGUCAUCUCUCUCGGUGACUUCCUGAAGGCGCAGUGCCACGCUUGCAUCGGUGGCACCAACGUGCGCGACGAUAUGCGUCGCCUGGAGCAGGGCUGUCACAUCGUUGUCGGUACGCCUGGUCGUGUCCAUGACAUGAUCUCGCGUAACGUACUGCGCACGGAUGAAAUCAAGCUGUUCGUACUCGACGAGGCGGACGAGAUGUUGUCGCGUGGUUUUAAGGACCAGAUUCAGGACGUAUUCCAGAAAUUGCCGGAAGACGUACAAGUCAUCCUGCUCUCCGCUACGAUGCCCGCUGAUGUGCUGGAGGUAUCUCAGCAUUUCAUGCGCGACCCGGUCAAGAUUUUGGUUAAAAAGGAGGAACUAACACUGGAAGGUAUCAGACAGUUCUACGUGGAUGUCAAGUACGAGGACUGGAAGAUCGGUACGUUGUGCGAUUUGUACGACACGCUGUCGAUCACGCAGGCAGUUAUAUUCUGCAACACCCGUCGCAAGGUUGAUCAACUGACCGAGCAGAUGACGGAGAAGACGUUCACCGUAUCUGCAAUGCAUGGCGACAUGGAACAACGUGAUCGUGACCUGAUCAUGAAACAGUUCCGCACCGGCUCUUCGCGUGUGCUGAUCACUACGGAUCUGCUCGCUCGAGGUAUCGACGUACAGCAGGUGUCCUUAGUUAUAAAUUACGAUCUCCCAACGCUUCGGGAGAAUUACAUCCAUAGAAUCGGACGCGGUGGCCGUUUCGGUCGUAAAGGAGUUGCCAUCAACUUCGUAACUGAGCAGGACAAGCGGGUUCUUGCCGAUAUAGAGAAGCAUUAUAAUACAACCAUUGAGGAAAUGCCAGCCAAUCUGGCUGACAUGAUUUAAUUCCGGCAGAGUGUAUUUGUUUUCCUUCUAAAAAGAAGAACAAGCAGCAGUCCAGCGCUGCAUCGCAAACAAGUGUUGUCUCUUUCUUCCUUCUUCCGUGUACCGUUGGUAGUGUGUGGGGUGUGUGGUGUAAGUGGUGUUGGUAGUAAUAGUGUGUCAAGAGAGCGCAAACCGAACCGGAAGCGUAAUUCCAGAGACAUUAUCGAAGGGGGGAAGUAAUACGAUAGCGAAAGAGGAGAAAGAGAGGGGUAGAAGGGUUAGGCGUUUAAAAAAAGUGUAAAAGAGAACCGUACGAGGGAAAAGGUCAACAUCAUUGUCUGCGAUACAACAUCAGCAGCAGCAGCACCAGCAACAACAACAACAACAACAGUAGCAAGAAGGAGCGCAGAAAGAGGUGGAACCCGCGAUUCGUAGCAGAUGAUCGGAAAAACGUCAGCAAAAGAAAAGUAACACAAAAAGAAUACACAUAGCAGACGCAGCAGCAGCGCCUACGCAACAUCAAGAAAAUCCACGUCCCCUCUACAUAAACAAAAUAAAAAAAAAACAA